AUGUCUGUGCUGUGGCUGCUUCUGGGCCUCCUGGUCCUCACCGACUCAUCUGAAAGUGGCAACUGGGGAUGCUACGGAAACAUCCGAACCCUCGACACCCCAGGGGCAUCUUGUGGGAUUGGAAGACGCCGAGGCCUGAACUACUGUGGAGUCCGUGCCUCUGAGCGGCUGGCUGAGAUCGACAUGCCCUACCUCCUGAGAUACCAGCCCGUCAUGCGCACCGUUGGCCAAAAGUACUGCGUGGAUCCUGCCGUGAUCGCAGGCGUCGUGUCCAGGGAGUAUCCUGGCGGGAGCCUGCUGGUCCACGCGGGCAACGUGGAUGACGGAGUCAGGGUGGUGCAGGACACUGGCCACUACGUCCCCAGAACCUGGAUCAGCGAGUCCCAGCUGUCCCAGAUGACUGAGGUCCUGACGGUUAGAAUCAAAGAAAUCCAGAAGAGGUUCCCCACCUGGAGCCCCGACCAGUACCUGAGAGGUGGGCUCUGUGCCUACGUCGGAGGGCCCAGCUAUGUCAGAAGCAGCCAGGACCUGGGCUGUGACUUCUGCAAUGAUGUCCUUGCACGAGCCAAAUACUUCAAGAGACAGGGCUUCUAA